AUGUCCAUUGAAGAUACCAAGUCGGUGACGAAUGUCAGAAUAGGACCUGGAGGAGGGGUGAAAAUGGUUAACAAGGCAAGUAUUAGGUUUCUCAGUAAUCUAACAGUAUCAGGAGGAGGGGUUGUUAACACAGGUAGUCUUUUAAUGAUUUGUCUUUUUGGAAAAACUGUUGGAUAUAAUUAUGAUAUAGGAUACGAAUAUCGUUAUACCUACAAAGCUGAAUCCUUGGUUCUUGGAAAUUUCAGAGUACUUACUUUCAUUAAGUUCCGUGUUAGACCAGAAGAAAGAAGGAACGGUUCUCUUAUCUGUCAACUACUUGUGGAUAGCUUCACCCAGUCUGCAGGAGGGAGAAGAAAGACCAAUCCAGUAGAAUAUAACUUCAAAAAAGGGUUCGAAUUUUCUAUAUCCGAGGAUGGUUUGAUUAAAGAAAUAGCACGCCAUCGUGAAGAAAAGAUGGACGUAUUGAAUCUGAAGAAGGUCCUUGUCAGCGUUCUGUCAGCAAAGGGAAAGCAUGGGCUUAAUGACAAGCUGACGUUUAGUAACUGGGAACACGAUCAUUCCGGUUAUUUACUACAUGAUUACGCAAUCCAAAGAACAAAGAAAGGUUACAGGAUAAAGAAAUUCCACGAGAGCACGAAUCAAGUUUACAGAAAGCACACGAAGGUUCUGCAUUAUAGCCAUGAUGGAGUAAUUGAAUAUGUCAAAGCGGACGAUAAAGCUAUUAUUCAAAAUAAAAACAAACAUAAACCACCUGAAGCAAGGCAUUCCAUUCCGGCCGAAAAAGAAAUCAAGGUGGAAACAAGCGGUGAAGUCAAAGACAUCGAAUCAAACACGUCAACGGAAGUACAACUUACUAACAAAAUAAUAUUAAAAACAACGAACUCGAUGUCCCCAUUGAAGGAGAAUGUGAAAAUAAAAGAAAGCAUCGUCGUUCAGCAGGAAAAAAGUAAAAAAGUUGGCUUGUCUGAAGUUGGACAAAAUAUUGAAUCCAACGUUGCUUGUAUUCAGUCUUUCAGAAACGAAGGUAACCGAAGUAGAACGGAUUGUUUUGUUGAACUCGUGCAGAUAAUGAAUCAUCUUGAGAAAGCUGAUUACGAAAAAGUCGCUUUAAGCGAGUUAUCAAAAGAGUGCAAAUCAAAUGAUUCAAUGUGCAGUGGUCGAGUAAAUGUUUUCAUUGAUCUUUUAUUCAGCGAGGGAUCCAACCUUACACAAAAGCUUAUUAUCAAAUAUUUUUUAAAAAGCAAAAACACCAACGAAACGAACAUUAUUAGAAUUUUUUACCAUAUAUCGGAGUUAAAAUCCCCAUCAAUGGCAUUUAUAGAGGCUGUUGAGGAACUUUGCUUAGGGCAAAAUCAUACCAACAUAGGUUUAAUCACCAUGACAAACAUCCAAAAACAUGCUUGUCUGGCCCUUGGAACAUUGAUAAGAACGCUUAAAACAAAUUCCCAUCAUCAUGUUAAGACAGAAAGCCUUUUGGGAUCCUUACAAAAUUGGCUGGCUCCACAUAACCAAACAAAAUACAAAGAAAUGUACAAAGUCAAAUGGAGACAGCGCCGUUCAGUAGACUGGUUUGAUGAAGAACUUCAUAAUUAUACGUACUCCAAAAUGGUUUUAAUCCAUGCCUUGGGAAAUUCCGGAAACGCUAGAGACCACCUCCUGACAUACAUGAGACCUGGCGAAGGAGACAACAGCUGGAGAAGGGCUGCUAUCUUAGGAAUGAGGCAUUUUAACUGCACAGAGAGUUCAGCUGCUUUACUUCUACUGGCUCUUAACGACGAAUAUUCUUUAGUGCGACAGCAGGCAAUGGAUCUUUUUGAAAGGCAUCCUUUGUCAAAACAAAAUGUUUCACAACAUCGAGAUAUCAUUUUGAGCCGAGACUACAGUUAUCAAACAUUGAUGCGUGUGAAGAGGGGCUUUUUAGAUGUACAAUUUAAAGACGGAUUCCUUUUUCAUUUAAAACUUCCCAGCAUACAAUGGAAUAAACGACUAGGAGACAGUUCAUUUGGAGCGGACUUUGGACUCGUUUUAUCGAAUGAAUUUGAAAUAGAAAUAAGACCUCUCAGUGCUCAUGUCAUGCUAAAUAUCUACGACGAUGCCUACGCUAAAGUUAUGCUUGGUUGGUUUGGAGUGGAAAAAUACCUCUUUCGAGCCUAUGCUUGUUAUAGGGGACAUGCUGGAUACGAUCUCAACAUUCUUAAGCAUUUCGGAAUUAAUGGCAUUCAAGGCUUGGCCAAUAUAUUUGACAGAAUUAUCAAAACCGUUAUGAAUCCUAUAAUAACAGUUGUUCAACAAUUCAAAAAUAUUAUUCAAUCGUUUGAUGGUGGUAUUGAAAUCAUUGUCAACAACAUUAUCGGAGUGAUGAAAAGCUUCCCAAUCCUUUUAGAGAAUAUUGUUGAUAAAAUUAUCAAGGCCGUUAUGAAGGUAGCUGAGUAUGGAGGUGCUUGUUGGAUUUACCACAUAAAAAAAAUAAUUAUCAAAGCCAGAUAUUUUGUGGAAGACGUUCAGGAAGACCUCACAGAUUUCUACAGCACCAUAUCUGACUGUUUAACAGUUACACUUCCUUACGUAGCAAAGAAGUUAUUCGAUUCUACAGCUGCAAUUAUUUCAGCUGUGAGGCAGUUUUUAUCAAAUCCUGUUCAGUCAACUACAUUUUUUGGAAAAUCAUUGUUAGAGGUUAAGGUCGCAAUUCACACGUUUAUGGACAUAAAGAAAAAAGUAAUGGAAACACUGACGUUUCUAAAAGGUGCUGCACCAUUUUGGAUCGAUUACUGGGAAGAUUUUAAGGAGAUCCUGGAAGAUGUCAAAGAUUUAUUUCGUCUUCUAUCUGACAAAAAAGAAAGCGCAUUGAAUCUGUCAUCUGAGGAUGGACUCUCAACAGCACUUACGGAUGGCAUUUUAGAUACGAGAGAAGAAACCAAUUCAUUCAUUGAAGAAAUGCAGAAUUCAUUCGGAGACAUAACAGCUCAAUUUAAGAGUACAUUGAGUGAUUUAGUAUCAUCAUUUUUCGAUGCCUUUCAGUCUGUUUUGAAUGCUGUCAAAGAAAUCAAGUCCGGAUAUGGUUCUGUUAGAAAUAUAUUUAUAAAGACAAGGGAUAUCGUGCAAAAGGUGUUUGGAUCCAAAUUUCAUGUAAAAUUUCCCAAAAGACGAAGAAAUGAGGAUCCUUCUUGUGGUAUUGGUGUCUGGCCCUCCACAAUGAAUGGCAUAUAUCAGACAAAGGGAGUUGAUGUGCGCGCUUCAUUUUACUCUGACAUUCGAAGUCCAGUGAAUGGUUUCAUCUUCAGUGAAAACAAAAGACUGCGGAUCUUGCCUACUGAUGACGAUUUUAAAGAAUUUGAAAUAGUAAUAGAAAAUAUUAUUCCAGUCUUGGCAAAUGGAAAAUUUUUUACGGCAGGUAAAGAUGUCAUCGGAAAAGCCGAUAGAUCACCCUGCGAAUAUAACUGCAUACAUGUGUCAGUGCGCAAGAGAAGUCCAACUAACAAAAACGAUUCUGACUACACUUACAUCGAUCCGACUCCAUUUUUGGACCACCUGCUUCCAACUCCAAAAUGGAUCUGGGAGUGUAAAGAUUACACUUAUAUACAUCAAUUUAGUGUGGUAUCAGCUGAUGCUAUUAAAAGGGGAAUGCAGAAAUUUCCAUCGGGAAUACCUAGGCCUAAAUUUGAAGAAACAAAAAUAACAAUAAAAUCUUCGGCCUUUAAGUACCACUAUACUCCUUUUAAAUCUGAUACUGUAUCUUUAAAUGAUUCGCGUGCUGUCAUGGCAUGGAACAAGUUAAGAAAUGAAUUUAAAAAGUCAGUUACAGACUUGAAGGGUAUAUCCAUGCAACUCUUCGCUUCUUCAUCUACCAGGACUGAUCCAAAUCUUUGUGAUAUUUUGGGUGUGAACGGUUACACACUUGGUAGGAUUAAAGAGCUGCUAGGAGGGAAAGUUGAAACAGAGAUGAAUAUAGUUUUUGGUAAACUUACAGAACUUCGUUCAUCAAUGAGAGCUCAAAAUCUUGAAGGAUUGCCUAUCUCCAAACUCCGGAUUUUACGUCCGGUGUCAUUUAAAGCAACUUAUGGAUUAAAAUCAAACAUGAUGUCAAGAGUUCUCGGCACAACUGAAUAUGACUGUCCCAUGUUUCAAAACAAACUUUCAAAAGGAUCUGGAAAUGUUUGCUUCACACAUCGUAAUUGUAAUGAACUUUCUUGUGCUGUUUUACUUUCUUAUGCCAAUCAUAGAAUCAUGGAAAACGUUGAUAUCAAAAUGGAUGGUUGUUUAAAACAAGUAACCGUAAUAACACAAUCAGUUCCAGCUGUUAUCAAUUUCAAAGACAGAGGUGAAGUACAGGAUAGAGUUUUCCUGGCAAAUGUUUCUGGCCUGAUAACUGCCUUACUUGUUGUGUCCGUCUCUACUAAAGAAUUCUCUUCGGUGAUCUCCAUAUCUGCAGAACUUUGUGUUUAUGAUUAUAUAACAUGCCUGCAUACCAUACCAGUGGUGCUUAACUUUGAACUUAAUGCAGCAAAUGUUGGCAGCAACAACAUGUCGUCAAGUAUGGAUAGAAUGACGGUUGGAGAGUUUAUUGCGGAACUGUCUGAAAAUAAUAUACUUGAUCCUGGCAUUCUUAAAGUUUUAGACACAAUCAGAGAAGCUAUGAUGAACGAAUUAAUUGACCAACCCAGGAACUUACUUGAAAUCAUGGGCGAAGAGUUUCCAAAAAAGAUCGAUAUUUGUGCAUCUGCAGAUAUCCCAUUUCCAACAAUAGAAGUAUCUAUCGAUGAAGGGUCGCCUCCACCAUUGAUCAUGGUUGGCCCAGUUCCAGUCUUUCUUGAGUAUGGAAUUGGUGCAUCACUGGGUCUUAAAAUAGAAAUUGGAAUCUGCAUAGUGAGCAACAAGGCUAAGGGUUCACUUAAUCCCUUGGUGCUUGCUAAAGCAUGGGGUGGAGCAUUUGUGCAAUUCUUCAUGUUUAAAGCAGGAAUAAAACUUACAGGUUAUCUCCUGAACACAGAGUUCCCCAUAAGAGCAGAAAUAUCAUACAACAAAUUUCCACUUGACGUGAGAGGAAGUCUGGAUGUUAAAAUCACCCCAUUUCGUCUAAUAUUGGAAGCAUAUUGCAAUAUGGAAUUUAAAGUCUGCAUUUUUCCUACUGUUUGUUUAAAAUUUACCAUUCCCAUAUUAAAAGGCACGCUUUGGGAAUAUUCUGUCAAACCAGAAUCAGCAAAUAUCUUCACAAAUAUAAAAGAUGAAGAAGACAGAUCUCCUCCAGUUUUUUCUGAACCUGAAUUACCUGGUCAGAAGAGUCGUACAAAAAGGAAAACGACAGAAAAAUGUAUGAUAAGACAAAUUCCAGGUCGAAAUAAUAAAAUCCCAGCAUAUGAAUUACAGAUCGCUGCUGACGAUGACAAAAGCAGUUUAAAACUAUAUUAUGCCAUUGGGACUCAACAGGGAGGUACAAAUGUUUUAGAUUUUACAGAAAUGGGUGGCUUUUCUGUGCAUGUAGAAACAAAUGACUUGCCAAAUGGAACCCCUUUAUAUUGGACUGUAAAAGCAGUCAACAGCCAAGGCUUGGAUGCUCGAGUGUACUGCAUGCUCCCUACGUAUGACAAUACUGUACCAGAAGGACGAGUCGAGCCCUCGUAUAUAUACAGCUCUCAUCCAAGCGUCUUGACUGCUACCAUAAAUGUAUUUGAAGAUUCUGAAUUAAAGCAAAUUCAUAGUCAGGCCUUGGGAUAUACCUCCGGUAUGUAUGGAAGCGAAAUAGUAUCUUGGAAGAAUCUUUCCUUAGAUUUAUCCACAUAUAGAACAGGAAUUCCAAAUGAUUUGAAACACUUCAGUGUUCCUAAAACUGGCAAACUUACAAGUACACCCUUUGCUGUUAACAUUACCCAUACACCCGAGGACUGUGCAACAAACUGUAUAAAUUCAGGAAAGAAAUGUGUUUCCUUUGAUUAUGAUUUCUUCACAGAAUCGUGUGAACUGCAAAAUGUUGUACAUGGUCCGAGCACAAAAUUAAGAAGAAGUGGUACUUUCGUGAAUUAUGAAAGACUUGGAGUUGGAUACAAUUCAUUUGAAAGAUAUGAAAAGCUUCCCUUGGAACACGGCACUCUUUAUUAUAUCAAUGCCAGGAUAACUAAUGUUCUUGGAUAUGUUGGAUACUUGCAUUCUCAUGGAACAAUGGUCGAUUUUUCUCCACCAAGUACUGGACCUUUAGGCACAGAAUUUAAUGAAACGUUUUCUGCAGAUGGAUGCAAAGCUUCAGUUGCACAACGCUGUGUUGAAGUUACGUGGAAGGAAAACCACAGACACAUAAUUGAUGGGAAAGGGGCAUCGACUGUGUUCAAUGGACACACACCAUUGAGGGAUAAACUGUAUACAAGAUCUAAUCACUAUAUAUCAGUCAAUUUCGAUGGCUUUCAUGAUGACGAAUCUGGUAUUUACCAGUAUACAUGGGCUGUUGGUAAAUCAGUUUGUAAUCAAGAUGUGGUAAUUUUUUCUGAUCCACACGAAUUUCUUCACAGUGCUAAACACUGGACACAUAGUGGCUAUGAGAAAGAUCUGUUUUUACAGGAUGGGAAAUACUUCAUGACAGUCCAGUGUGUCAACAACGUGGUAUUUGGUGGUUCACUGGUGACAACUGUGUGUCACAGCAUUCCCCUCAUCGUGGACACAACACCACCUUUCUUUAAUGGUGUUCAACAAAUCUAUUUCGAUGAGCACUUCGAUAUGCUUGCUAUUUAUUAUAAAGCUGGUGAUAAAGAGUCUUUACUUAGGAGCGUAGACUUCGGACUUGGGAAAACAAAAUAUGACGUUCUUGUCAGAAAGUAUUCAUAUCACGUGCCAAUGAACGGGGAUGAUGAUCCGUUCUUUGUCAUUGAAGAGCUAGAUUUAGAGGAAGGAGUCCCUGUUUGGCCUCGAGUGCGAGUUGAUAAUGGCGUGGGGUUGUUUAAAGCUGGCAGUGGUCCUGAGCCCAUUUUGAUUGACAGAUCACCUCCUGUGGCAGGAAGAGUACUGGAUGGUCAUAUCUUACAUCAUGAUUUGACAUAUCAAUCAAGUGAUAAGCAGAUUUGUGCCCAGUGGACAGGUUUUUACGACCCCGAGUCAGGGAUUAACCAUUUCCGAUGGGGGAUAGGAACUUUUCCUGGAAAAGACGAUAUAAUGAAUUUUCGUAAUUUUUCACACAACACGAGGCAUUCCUGUGUUGAGAUUGCCCUUCAGCACAAUACACAGUACUAUUCCACUGUCAUUGUCUACAAUGCUGCCUUGAAUUCCAAAGAUUCUAAUGGUACAUCCAAUGGAGUGUUAGUUGACACAACACCACCACUUUCGAGUUAUGCAGUAGAUGGUCCUGAUUUGUCUGAGGACAUAUCAUUCUCAUCAGAGACAGCUACCAAAAUUGUCACAUGGGAUAAUUUUACUGAUCCAGAGUCUGGAGUAGAAAAGUACACCGUAACUGUCUACAUAAACGAUGCGAAGAUUAAAACAUUCGACGCUUCAAUAAAGACAACUUUCGAAGAUCAUUCAAUCAGCAUGGAUCACAAAGAUAAAGUUCAUUUCCAGGUUGACAGUUUCAACAAAGCGGGACUUUCGGAGAAUGUUCUUACAGAUGGAUUUAUUGUUGACCACACGCCUCCAAAUUUGAUAUUCAUCCUAGACAAUAUUCACCAAAGAAGAUAUCAGACUUAUGAUAACUUUCUGAAUUUGAGAUGGCAAUUUGAAGAUGAGGAGUCGGGGAUUAAAGAAUAUCGUUAUGCAGUUUUGGAAUCCUUGCAUGGAAUGAAGAAACGUUUUUGGCCAAAGACAGAGAUGUAUGUGACAGUUUUUCCCAAUUCCAGCAUUGGUACAACUGCUAUAGAUUUAGAUAAACAUCUUUUAACAGGUGCUACCUAUUCUGUUCAUGUGGCAGCCAUAAAUGUAGCACAUCUCUCUACAGAACACGAAUCAGAAGGCGUAACCAUAGAUCCAACUCCUCCAAUCAUGUCAAAGGUACACAUAGGGUUGUUGGAUGAGGAAGAAGAAGUUGAGGAUGGAUAUGUGCAGCAUGCUAAUUUACAUUCUAUUAGAGUAAGCUGGAUUGGUGAUGAUCCAGAGAGUCACAUACAAAAAUUUUAUGUUGCCAUAGGAACAAGUCAAGGAGACGUAAGCGCAACUAAUGGAUAUAUUGAUAUGAAAACAGAAACAUCUGCAGAUAUCAAAGCCUCUCUUUUAACUUUUUAUGAAUCUGGUGAAAUAUACUAUGUCGUUGUCAAAGCUGAAAAUGGUGCCGGUAUUCUAUCAUUGCCACUAUAUUCAAGGCCAAUAAAGAUUUUGAAGGAAAAUGUGCCAGGGGUUAUUUAUGAUGGCCGAGAGCCUUUCAGUGAUGAAGAUAAUACAAACGACAGAUUCAGUAUUGCUAUGCAUUUCCAAGGGUUUUCAAGUGAGUUAUGUAAUAUUGUUAAGUAUGAAUGGGCGAUCGGAUCAAAACCUUAUUAUUCUGAUAUAAAUGAAUAUACAGAAUAUGGCAUUGUUCACAAUGAAACCCAUGGCAAAGCACAAACCCAUGUGCAAUUGAACGAAAAUCAAGCAUAUCAUAUCACAGUCAGAGCAAAGACGGGACAUAACUGUCACGAAGAAUUCAUUGUGUCAACAUCAGAUGGAAUUACCACUGACUUUAGCCCUCCCAAAAUCUCAAAUAUAGUACCAGUAAACACCGAAAAUAACUUUUUUGAUUCAGUGUCUCAGUGCUUCUUUCAGUCGUACGUCGAUUCUUUCGAAUACAAAUGGAAUGUUACUGAUCAGUCCGAAUUACAAUUUGAAAAUUAUUCAGUUGGGUCGUUGCCACUAACAAACAAUGUCAUGUCUUCAUCUGUACCUAUAGAGUCGAAAAUUCCACCAGGUGUUCUUUCACCACAGGCUGGUGUAACAUACUUUGUGAAUGUCUUUGCGAAGGAUAACGUUGGAUUUUCAACUUCCUCAACUUCACUGCCAAUUAUUGCAGAUAUUUCACCACCGACAAUUAAUGUUUUCACAUGCACAAAUACGAUAUCAAUUAAAAAAUCUUCUAUUGAAUGCUCAUGGACAAUUAUGGAGAUAGAAAGUAAAGUAAAACAAAUAUCUUUCCGUGUUGGGUCCCAAGAACUUCUGGAAGAUCUGAUUCAAAACGUCACUCUUCCUACGUAUCAAAGCAAGUGGACUGUUGAUGUGAAGAGUUUUUCAAACUUUGAGAGUCUUUCUUAUAUUUAUGUCUCUCUUUCUGUUUCAAACGUGAUUGAUCUCUCUCUAACAAAAUCUUUGAAAAUUGAAAUCGACUCCACAGCACCAAUUAUAGAAAACGUACAAUUCGUCACGUGGACAAACCCUAUUAAGGAAAGUGUAAAGCAAAUUUGUCAGCUGCCAUGGUCUUUUGUAGAUGUCAAAGUGUCUGUUAUAGAGGACAAAGAAUCCGAAAUAGAAAGGACUGAAAUCUGUCUAGGAAGCGAGCCAGCAACAGAAAAUAUCAAGGCGUAUCAAGACAUGGAAAACAAUUAUAUGACUAUCGAUAACAUUUACGUCUCGUCUGGAACAAAGUUAUACGCCACUGUAAGGGCAUUCAACAAAGUUGGACUCUACAGUGUCUUGACUUCGGAACCCAUAAUAGUCAGCCCAGAUCCCAGAAUUGAUGUUGUUGACGGAAAAGGGGACAGAGAUGCUGAUUUCCAAGCAAGUUUAAAUGUAAUUCAAGGGUCUUAUAGGUACUCUGAUAAUUGUCCGGUCAUAAAGGCUGAAUGGAUGGUAGAAGAUCUUACGGGAAAAGUCAUCCAAAACUACACCGCUGUACCUGGAAAUGGGUUUUUCUUCUACAACGACCAACUAACUUUGCAAAAUAAUUACCUGUACUUCGUUAAAGUAGUAAUAACUGACGCUCUAAAUCGCACUAAAGAGGGAAAAUCGGAUGGUAUUACUGUUACAAUUCAGCCGCCUGUUUCUGGGAUCGUUAGAGAUGGACUUGGUUCAGAGGACAUCAAAUACCAGGAAUCUCUUACGGAACUUUCGGCAAACUGGGAUGUUUUUGGUAAUGAAGCUUCUGGAGAUCCUACACAGAAAAUUGAUCAUUACGAAGUUUCUAUCGGAGAUGAUACAAGAGACCAUAUUACACGAACUAACAUACACUACUUUACAAAUGUCGACUUACAUACAAGCUACACAUUUUUGGGUUUAAACCUAACAUCGAAAACUGUACGAUAUUAUAUCACGGUUAGAGGUUAUAGUAUAACUGGUGCCUUCGAAGAAAGCUAUUCAAAUGGCGUAAAAGUUGGAUAUCGACUAGAUAUAAUACCAGGAAUGAUAGAAGCAAAAGGGAUACAAUCGAGUACCAGUGAAAUGACAGUUUCAUGGAGUGGAUUCUACUCUGAUGUUGGUAUCAAGGGAUAUUACGUAGCUCUAUCUAAUACACCAGUAAUAAAAAGCAAUAAAACAUACCAAUGUUCCGAUAUUCAAAUAUUUUCUUCUCGGUUUGACAUAAUGUCACCAAAGAUAAUAGGACUGGAUACCAUUCAAACUCUUAGAAACCUGUCUCUAAGGCAUGGAAUGUCUUAUUAUGUAAGUGUAAUUGCUAGUGAUGAAAUCGGAAAAUGUUCCUCGUCAGAGAGUUUGCCUAUUCUUGUUGAUACUACUGCACCAAUUCUAAGUAAUGUGACCUUCAUGGUAAAUGGUUGGAAUGUAACCGGAAGAGAAAAGUUUUUCGUGACAAAUCCGAAUAGAAUAGACAUUAAUCUUCUUAAUUUAAACGACCCUGAGAGUGGAAUAAAUACAGUUACUUUUCGUUUAAAUCAAUAUUUGGAUUGUCCCGCUUCGCAGACUAGAUCUUCUUAUGUGGUGAAAGAAAUACGCGCCAAAAACGAUACAAAAGUGAGCAUGGCAAGUUUGAAUUUAGAAUCCAAGCAGUAUUAUUACAUUGAUAUAACAGCAAGUAACAACGCUGGUCUGGAAUCGCAAUUGGUAUGCCCAGUAAUGCUACUCGAUACUGGCUCACCAUAUGUAGGAUCGGCUAUUGUUGGAAAUAAAUGGGGAGAGAAGACAUUUUAUCAAUCUUCGACAUCAAGAAUCACAGCCUGGACUGCAAUUGCAAGAACAGAAGAUGCAUACGAAUGUGAUAAUACACAAACCCUCUUCCCCUCUGAAAAAGACUUUACAUGGUCCCCUUUCUCAGGAGAUUUCUCAACAGAAAAUGUCAUAAAUGAAAAAAAUCGAUUGAUUUUGAAAAUUGGAUAUAAUAUUCCCCUGACAAAAGUACUGAAAAGUGGAAUUUCAGGCUGGAUAGGAACAUUGCGGGAAGGAAUAUAUUCAAGUAUAUUAUCGGCGGCAAAGGGGAAAAAAAUAUCCACUUCAUUGACAAUUUCAUGCUCAAAGGAAAAUCCUAAUUUUCCACGCGAUUUUACACGACCACAAUCUAGUAACUUUGACAGAGUCAGCUUCAAUUUUUCUGAAACAGGAUAUGAAAAUUUGAACGAUUCGUAUCCCAUCAGCUCUACCGAAAAUCCGACAUCAACAAUGCAAAGGGCUAGGUCCUCUGUUGAUUUCAUGGUUAAUGUGACCAGACCUUCCUACAAAACGAUUAAUACGGACGUGUCCCAUGGAUUUGGUUUUCAAGUAUUAGGUGAUCAGCAAGAAGGAAGCAAGCUAUGGGAUUGUUUGUUUUGGGCAAAAGAUAAUAAUGAAGAGUUUCAUAGAUGGGCCCAGGUAGAGAAUGACCCAUUUGAAAAAGAACAGACAUAUGGUGUUCACACUAAGAAAAGGGUUUCUGAAAACAAAAUAGUGUGGGACUUAGUGUUCUUAAUUAAUGGAGAAGUUAAGGCCAAUAUUUAUGGACUAUCUUUUGAAACUACCGACUUAAACAUUUUCAUCCAAACUUGGAAUUUCGAAGACUACGAAGAACCAAUUACUGAUCCAAUUCAUCCGUAUCGGUCUCAGGCUGUACUAUCAAAACUAAAAAUACCUACUAAUGCUACAAUUGAUUGCUUAAAUGGAAAAGGUUUUUAUGAUGGUGAAAGUGGAAUAGCAGAAAUAUGGACGGGAAUUUCUGACAACGUAGAUAAUUCUGGAAAUGUCAGGAAAAUGCAAUUAUAUAAAAAGAUGUGUACACCGUGCUUAUUCGAAUGCAAUUUCAGUUGUGAUGUAAACUGUUCUCUUUCUGACAAAAGUCUGUCAGAAUUUGAUAUUAUUCCUCUCACUUUAGACAAUCUAGAUCUGAAGACAACAAUCGUUUCUAAUGAUGGCUUAAACGCAAGUGCAAAGACAGAAAUCGUCAACAUGACCGAAUAUUAUGUUAACGUAAAGAUGGUUAAUUUUGCUGGACAGACAGUUUCCACAAUUACAAAUCCAGUCAUUAUCGACGAAACACCACCUGUUUGUGAAUAUAUUCGCUGUUUGGACCCUGACGUAACUGGAAUGGAUGCACCGACAAACAAAUUGGGAUCUAAUAAGACCAUUGGAGCCUACUGGUUGUGUGAAGAUAAUAUAAGUGGAAUUAAAAAAGCCUAUGUUAAGGUGGGAACCAAAAAAACUAAUAAAGAGUAUACAGAAGACGGAGACAUGGUUUCGGGAAAAGAUGUAGGCGCAGUUUCUAAAAUCAAAUUAUCUUUGGAUGAUAACGUUUACUUUGAAGACAAGAAAACGUAUUUUUUCAACCUCAUAAUCUUUAAUGAGGCCGGACUUUCCACAGUUUAUAGUUGCAAUGUAUCGACAAUUCUUACUCCACCAGACGUUUCGGAUGUAGAUUCGAAAAUUUUGCUUUCAUCUGAGAGAGAUCAAGCGACAGGUACAGUUUUUGCAGACUCUUUGGAUAGAAUAGGGAUUAGCUGGAACAACAGAGGAAAUGAUACCGAAUACUACAAGUGGCAAGCGGGAACAUAUGAAGGAGGAGGAGAUAUUAUACCACCAACUGUAAUAGGUCUUACAAAAGAAGGGUCAGCAGAAGUUGUAAGCGGUGAACUGUGGUUGAACGGCAAAGAAACUGGUAAAUCCAUAGCAUCUCUCAACCCCGGAACUUGGAAAAACUUAACUAAAUCAGAAAUAAUGGAAACGGAAAGUGACUUCCUCUUCCGGAUGGAACCUGGACGAUGCAUAUUUCUUUCUCUUAUUGCUGUUGGAUAUUCCAACUUAGAGGCAAAUAUUUCAUCACAGCGAAUAUGUUUUAAACGAAAGGACAACGACCUAUUUUUAAGUAAUCAACAUGAUAAUAUAACAACAGUUGCAUGGCUCCCUAAAAACAGAGUAGAGAAAGUCGAGCGCAUAAAUGGAAAGGAAGAAAUUGUUAUAAUUAUAACAGGUCAAAUAAGUGGCGUUUCCAUUGGUUCCUUAUCCAAAUCUGAUCUGCAGGCAGAGUAUGGAACAGCAUCAUCCUUUGAGUUCAUGUCUUAUCUUAUCAAUCCAAAUACCACAAAUUGGCCAUCAACACGUGAAAUUCGAAAUAGGAUUAUAAGACCUCUUGCAGUCAACUUUUUCAUUGCACCCACCCCCACCAUAGAUAUGGAAUUUAUCGAUGUUCACAUCAGAAUAAAUUUGAAUGACUUCGAUAAUUUUACAGUUCCUGCUCUCCUAACCUGGGAUACAUACACGUUCAACUCCGAAACGAGAACAUACGGUAUAUGGCGACACGUGGGGGAAAACUGUGGAGGAGAUAUAAAAAAUCCAACUAUAGAAAGAGAUAUUUAUAAAACAAAGAUAUGCCAAGGAACAUUUCAUAUGUUAACAAGACGUAAAAGAUCUGCUGCAGUAACAGUUACAAACCCUUACCAAUUUACAUUAACAGUCAUGAAUGUGUCCUUCUAUAAUUCACCACCAGAAGUCGAUAUUGACACUAUUGUGACAAUGGAAGAUACGCCAAUAAUCGAUUUCCAAAUACCUUACCACGAUGAUGAAAUGGAUUCUGUUCAAUUUUAUCUUCUUCAAAAUUCUGAUAUUGGAUUUGCAAACCUGACCAUGAAUGGUAGGUUGACCUAUUACCCUAAAACAGAUUUCUUUGGCAAGGAUAGCAUUAGGAUGACAUUAACAGACAAUGCUAAAUAUCCAGCAACUGUCGAGAAAAUAAUUUGGAUUGAAGUCAAUGAAAUAAAUGACAUGCCGAUGUUCGCUUUCCAUAAUAAUGAUUCUUCAUAUGACGUUAUGGAGAAUAAAAGUUUAACCCUAAUUUUCGAAGGCAAUUCAACAUCCCAUCACCUGUUCAACUUUGGUUUCGCAGAUGUUGAUGACAAUGAAACUCUUUCUUUCAUAUCAACCCUCACUAACACCAAGGAUGUCAAUAUAACUAUAACGCGCACCGAUAAUGCAUGGUUUCUAAAUGACAGAUUCGGUGAGAAGGAUAUGAGGUCACUUCAAGAAUAUGAAGCAGACAUGGUUAUCAAUAAAAAUUUCCACGGUGACUUCUAUUACUACAUUCUUGGUUUUGAUAGUCACAGGUAUUAUACCGAGCGUUUGGAAACUCAUAUUUUCAUCCUUUGGUCUCCUUGUGUCUAUGGUUUUUGUUCCCCUAAAUUCAACACCUCUCCAUCUUGCCAAGACAUUUCCAGAGCUGAUUCUUUUGAUUUUUAUAAAUGCACAUGUCAUCCUGGAUACACGGGUAUAUGGUGUGAAAACGAAAUUAACGAAUGUCAGCAACAACCUUGUGGUGAUCUUUUCAACUGUGAAGACAAAGUCAAUAGUUAUGAAUGUGUUCUCAAACCAGAGGUAGCUUGUUUGAUAGUUGCUGCAAUACUGUUCAUAAUUCUAGUUGUCAUCUUGUAUCGAAUCUUCAGGUGCAAAACAAAAUCAUAUAGGGUAACAACUCCUUUGCCACCGGAUCAAGAUGAAUCAUUUGAUGACUUUGACAACAACACUGUUAGUUUAAUUGAAUACAAAAAUUCCAAGGAUGACGAACAAUCAGACCCAUUUAAUUCAGUGAAAAAUGAUCUGGCAAAAAUAAAGGACUCAAAGAAAUCGCAGUCCAAAUCUAACCCAAAGGAAACAUUUUGCUUUCAGAAUUCAGCUUAUUUUGAACCUUCGACCCCAAAGUUAGAAAUCCUAAGAAAUAUAACUUUCCGGGAAGCUGUUGGUUAUGAUAAUGGAAGUCCUACCAUUGAAUCAUGUCUGCAUAAAAAUGAAAUUGAGGAAAGCCCCACAGGGCCCAAAUCAGAUGAAACACGCCUGCUGGAAACUGCUGAAAAUGCUUCGAUCAACAAUGGAUAGAGCAACGAAAGGCGCCAAUCAUAUGAUGCUGUAGGCAGUUCGAAGCCUACGGAAACUGUAAAUAAAGACAACGCGCUGUUGAAUGUUAAUCGUUUGAUUGUUAAUAUAUUCUUUCUUUCAUCAUAUGAAAUUAAUUCUCUCUGCACAACUUUCGAAGUGUGUUUAGAUCAAAACAGUUUUACUUUGCU